GACGGCCUUUCCCUGGUCCACUUCAACACGAACUUCAGACAGGAUGAGGAGCAGUACAAGGCUGGCCUUAACAAUGAGGCCGAGGCCUUUGCAGCCCACUGUGAGACGCUGGAGAAGGUGCUGCGUGGAAGGGUUACCCGCAUGGUGCGCACCGUGCGGCAGAUGGAGAAUUCAGAAGACUGGCUCCUGACCUGGGCCGACGAAACAACUCGGCGAUUUGCGGGCGGCCGCUUGAUCAGCUAUGGCGUCACGUAUUUUUCUGCCUGGCGAGAGGCGGUCCGCGAUCCGCUGAUCCAGGAUGCCAUGGCCAGUGCGGUGGAGCCGGUGGUCAUGCUUGUGGGCAGUGCCCUGGGCUACCAGUGUGCAUUUGCAAUCAGCUUGGGCUUUGCCAAAUGUGUGGGCUAUGACCUGCUUUGCUCGAGCAUGGUGGCGCCAGCCCAGAAGAUUGCAGAGGAGGUUGGGCUAUCGGACCGGAUUCAGUUCCACUGCGCCGAUGCCCUUACAGCUCCAGAGCUCAAAGAAGCA